AUGUUGAAAAUAUGGAAAUGGUAUAAGAAAUGUUUGGGUGUACAUCCGGUGAAAACACAAGUAAUCAGCUCAGGUUUCAUUUGGGGUCUUGGAGAUCUUGCUGCUCAGGCUGUUACCCGUGCCACCGCUUACCGCAAGAAAUACAUUUUUCUUUCCGACGAUGAUAGAGAUUUACGUAUAAAUUGGAGACGAGUGGUUACCACAAGCCUUUUCGGGAUGGUAUUUGUUGGGCCUAUUGGCCAUUUCUGGUAUGAAGGUCUAGAUCGGUUUUUAAUGAUUAAACUUCAGUAUCCUCCAAAAUCCAUGCGAUUUGUAGCUACAAAAGUAGCACUUGACGGGAUCAUUUUUGGCCCGGUGGAUCUAUUUGUUUUCUUCGCUUACAUGGGUUUUGCAUCUGGUAAAAACGUUAGUCAAGUUAAGGAGGAAGUGAAACGAGAUUUCCUUCCAGCAUUAAUAGUAGAAGGGGGGAUAUGGCCAAUCGUUCAAGUGGUCAACUUUCGGUUCAUACCAGUGAGAUACCAACUUCUUUAUGUAAAUCUUUUUUGCUUGUUGGAUAGCUGUUUUCUUUCAUGGCUUGAGCAGCAACAGGAUGCUGCUUGGAAACAAUGGUUUAAAACGUUUUCUUUUGAAAGAUAUAAACGUCGGGAUGGAUGA